AUGAUCACGACACUGAGCGUUGAAGGCAUGACGUGUGGAGCGUGCUCAUCCGCUAUAACAAAUGAGCUUCUGAGUCUUGAUGGAGUAGAAGAUGCCAGUGUCUCUCUAAUAACGGAGGAGGCGGUUGUUCACCAUGAUGACAGUAUUAAACCGGAGGAGCUCAGAGAGAACAUAGAAAGCUGCGGGUUUGAUGCGCGAGUGAUAUCCGCGAUAGAGGAUGCUAUGAAACCACGUCUGUUGACGAAGCUGAAGAUAUCCGGGAUGACAUGCUCGAAUUGUUCAAGUUCGAUUACAAAUGCAUUGCAGCAGCUCGAAGGCGUGGUAAAGGCUGAGGUGAGUCUGAUGACUGAGGAGGCAAAUGUGGAGCACGAAUCAAACGUCUCAGCGGAGAAGCUCAAGGAAGAGAUUGAAGACUGUGGAUUUGAUGCAGAGAUUGGCAUUAGUGCUAUACCACAGAAUAUCCUCAACGUCACUUCUCAAAUUGAAAACUUGAACAAACUCAAAGAAAUAGCCUUUUGGAAGAGAAAUUUCAUCAAGACAGCCCUCGUUGGAUUCCCAAUAUUCAUCAUUUACCACAUUCUUGAACCCUUUGGUGUGAAUGUCUCUCUUGAGUUAUUCCAUGGAUUGUAUUUGGAGUCUGUGAUUCAACUAAUUGCAUGUACCUACAUCCAAUUCACCGUCGGAGUGUUCUUUUGGAGAAAUGCGGUAAACUCUUUUAAACACGGCUCCGGUACUAUGGAUACAUUGGUCUGCAUCUCUACGAAUAUUUCAUACUACUUUUCAAUAUUCACUAUGAUACUCGGCGUGAUCAACAAUGAAACCGAAUCGUCACCACAUACUCUUUUUGAAACUGCGGUGUUGUUAAUGAACUUUGUCUCGUUGGGAAAGUGGUUGGAGUCUAGGGCUAAGUCUGAAACAUCUUCUGCAUUGUCUAGAUUGAUAAGCUUGACUUCAACUGACUGUGUCAUUGUUGAAAACCCCGAGAAAUUUGAUGCGGAAACUGGUGUUGCCGGUAAAACCAUUUCAAUCCCAACUAAUUAUCUCCAAAUCAAUGACAUUGUUGACGUGAAGCCAGGUGAAAAGAUUCCAGCUGAUGGGUAUAUUCUCUUUGGCUCUUCUGAAGUGGAUGAAUCUUUGUUGACAGGUGAGUCUGUUCCAGUACCAAAGGAUGUUAACGAUAACGUUAUUGGUGGUUCGAUCAACGGAGUUGGACACAUUUACGUUAAGGUCUCAACAACGUCGGAAAACUCACAGCUGGCAAAGAUAAUCAAACUUGUGAAGUCUGCACAGAUGAGCCGUGCACCAAUUCAAUCAUAUGCAGACUACGUCGCAUCGAUAUUCGUCCCAACAAUUUUGAUCCUUUCUGUCGUGACAUUCAUCACUUGGUUUAUUCUUUGCGAUGUGUUAACGAAUAAGCCAACGAUAUUUAAUGACGUGAAUGGUCAACUAUACAUAUGUAUGAAGAUUGCCAUCUCUGUCAUCGUCGUUGCCUGCCCUUGUGCCCUGGGUCUCGCUGCGCCAACUGCAAUCAUGGUUGGAACUGGUGUCGGGGCAUCUAAUGGUAUUCUACUGAAAGGAGGCGAUGUGAUUGAAAUCGCCAAUGACAUUGAUGUUGUUCUAUUUGACAAGACAGGAACGCUUACUUUGGGUAAGAUGACUGUACGUCAGAUUAACCUGCUUGGUGAGUUAGACCGAAACCUCGUCCUUCGUCUGAUAGGAGCACUUGAGAGUAAGAGUGAACAUCCAAUUGGACAUGCUAUAACUGCGAAUUCGAUGUCGGCUCUGAAUGUUGAUUCAUUCGAGGAGGAGGUGCAGAAUUUUGAAGUCAAAGUUGGACAAGGUCUUAAGGCAAAUGUGAGUGUAAAUGGUGUUGAGUACGAUGUCCAAGUGGGCAACCUUAAACUUUUCCCAAAGGAUAUCCUCGCAUCAGAUCCUAUUUUCUCUUCUCUGGAAAUCAACUCAGAUGCCACAUUGGCUCAUGUGAUGAUCAACAACAAAUAUGAAGGUUAUCUUGAGCUGCAAGAUGUUAUCAAAGAAGACUCUGCAUCUGUUGUUACUUAUCUCAAGAAGAAAGGAUUUGAAGUUGCAAUGGUUACCGGAGAUCUCCAGAAGGCUGCCAACAAGAUUGCCCAACAGGCUGGUAUCCCUCUGCGCAAUGUAUUUGCAGAGAUUUCACCGGCAGGGAAGGAGCGAUUGGUGCGUGACUUCAAAGAUAAAGGGUAUAAAGUGGCGUUUGUCGGUGAUGGUAUCAACGAUUCACCAGCUCUGGCCUCCGCUGACCUGGGGAUUGCCAUUGCCUCGGGAAGUGACAUUGCCAUUGAGGCAGCUGACAUUGUUGUGUUGAACAACCAUACCAAACUAGCUGGCGUUGCUUCUGCCCUCUCGCUCUCCGUGCGUACCUUAAAGAAGAUCAAAUGGAAUUUCUUCUGGUCAUCCGUAUAUAACCUAACCAUGGUUCCCCUGGCGAUGGGUGUGUUGAUUCCAUGGGGUGUCCAGGUUAGUCCUUUGGUGGCCGGUCUUUCUAUGGCGUUGAGUUCUGUGAGCGUGGUUAUCAGUUCAUUGUUUUUGAAGAGGUGGAAGGCUCCAGACAUCAGCAAAUACGGACUCACCGAUGAUGACGAGGUGUUUGAUGUUGAAAGUGGAGCUAGAAAGGCCAACCGCAAACCGUCCCUCAUUGAUAGGCUUAGAGGGCUUUCUAGAAAGAAUCGUGCACAGAGCGAUGUUGAGCUUAACGAGCAUCUCAUGCAGUGA